AUCUCUUAGCUAGCAUCACCGACUCCUCCUUUCCUCUCAAACCUUUCCUCCUCCCCUCCUCCUCCUCCCCUCGCUCCUCCGCCUCCCCCUCCUCCAGCAGACCAGGCAGCGAGCCUCCUCCCUCCAGUCCUCCCUCCGCCCUCCCUGCCCCGGGCCUCUUCUCCUCUUCUUCCUCUUCUUCCUCCUCUCCCCCUUCAUCCAAAGCCUCCCCGCCUCCCCCUCCUCCAGCUCCUGUCACCUCCUCUUCGCCCCCUGCUCCUCCUCCUCCUCCCCCUUCCCAGGCCUCCUCCCAGGAUGCUCAUCUCUCAGCGGAGUCGGAGGAGGAGAAGGCGAAGAAGCUGCUGUACUGCUCUCUGUGUAAAGUCGCCGUCAACUCUCUGUCUCAGCUGGAGGCUCAUAACGCAGGUUCAAAGCACAAGACGAUGCUGGAGGCGCGGAGCGGCGCCGGGCCGAUCAAGGCCUACCCUCGAGCCGGAGCCAAGCUGAAGAACGGCAGCAGCUCGGCACUGAAGGGCUCCGGCCUGCAGAACAAAACCUUCCACUGCCAGAUCUGCGACGUCCACGUCAACUCUGAGAUCCAGCUCAAACAGCACAUCUCCAGCAGGAGGCACAAGGACAGAGUGGCAGGAAAACCCAGCAAACCCAAAUACAGCCCGUAUAACAAACAGCAGCGCAGCUCGCUCUCUAAGGAGUUAGUGAAGCCCUCCCUCUCUCCCUCCUUUCUCUCCACUCCUUUUGCACCUCCGCCCUCCUCCCUCACCUCCACAAUCUCGCUCCCUCCUGCCUCUCUCUCCUCCUCUCCUCUCCUCACUCCCACCUCCUCACCCCUCACCCCUGCCAUCUCUCUUCACCCUCGCCCUCCCACUUCCACGUCCCUCUUCACCGCCUCCUUCCUGCGUCCGGCUCCUGGACCAAUCAGAGCGAGCCAAGGAUCAAUUCUCUUCGCACCGUACUGAUGAUGACGUCAGCGGUGGGGGAGUCCAACCGGUGACCUUUGACCUUCAGUUUGUUGACCUGACAGAAGAGUCAGAGACUUGAGAGGACAGAAGCUCCUCGUUGCUUUAAAUGAACCACAGACUUGAAGAUGAAGAACAGAUGCUGGAAAGUUCCCACAUAUCCUGGAAAACCUGGAAUUUUUUGUGAAACAG